AUGUUGCAGCCGGAGGAAGUGGCUCAGGACGCCACGAUCUUUCGUCCCGAUGGCUUCAUCCACUUUCCGCGCAGCGAUGGCGACGAUUCUUACGGCCCUCCCAACACCGCUCUGCCUGCUGCCAACGAGGCUGAAGUCAACUACUACAACGUCUUUAAGCGCGAGGAAAGGAAGCACGACUCUUGGCGUGCGGCGCUUGGCGAGCAGCUUGCGCAGCACUUCAAGCUUCCGCAACUCUCGCCAUCCAAGGCCAAGUGGAAGCUCUACGACUUUCCCGAAGGAUACCAGUUCACCGAGCAGCGCAAAGGACCACGACACAGCCCACGCACCGACCCGUACCUGUUCGGAAGCCAAGCACAUCGCUUCCGCUCCACCAAAGAGGCGUGCGAACACCUGAUCUGGCUGGUGCUCGAUCCCACAAUGGAUAAAGCCAACUGCCACUGCAAGUACUGCGACAAGACACCGCGGCCUGUAACGACGCCAGUGGGCAAGCGCAAGGCGGAUGUAAUGAGUGCUUCGACCGCCGCCGUAGCGGGUCGCCGCGGCAGGAAACCAAAGGAAGGCAUGGACUUGCCCAACAAGACCUCGAUCACGGUGCGCGCCGUUGAGAUGCGUCGGCUCGUGCCUGGCGACGGCAUUGCUUCGGUGCCGCAGCGCGACCAGGAGGUGAUGCACGAGUAUCAGCGCGGCGAGCAGGAGCGCUUCCGCCUCGGCGAGGUGGUGUGGUGCGAGCUCGACGAACCCUUCGUCGACCCUACCGAUCCGGAACGCAAGAUCGUCUCGUGGCCGGCCGUGGUGCAGGAUCCUUCGAUCGACUUUACCAUUGCGCUGACCAACGGCGACGACGACGACAAGAACCCUAGCCUGCGGGCGGUGUCGGCGCCGAGCCAGGCCGAGGAAUCGCUUCCCGUGCUGGGCGGGUCGGUGGAGCAGAAGAUCUCGUAUCAAAUCAACUUUUUGGGCACAACCGAAAAGGCCAAGGUGCCGGCAAGCUCGCUGUCGCCCUAUCUGGCGGGCUUCAUCCCGCCGCGGCUGGUCGAAUGCGACAUGGGCACACCAGCAGACCACCCAUGGGUGUACGAAGCGGACGCAUGGCCGACGACCAACCUGGCGCGGCAGCCGCACCUGCCGACCACCCCGUUCGUCACGGCGUUGCUCGCGUUCGGAUACGCAAUCACGACGGUGGGGUUGCUGCGCAGCCUGUACAGUCUUUCCGAUGCCUUCUCUGCGGCGCCUACGCCCGAGGGGAUGCUGCGCGACAUGGAUGCGAGCGAUGUAGGCGGCGACAGCCAAGGGCUGCCGCAGGGGCCGCGCUUCUACCAGGGCCUGUAUCUCGGAACGGAGCGCAUCUGGGUGGGCGAUGUGGUGCGGCUCAAGCUGAGUGCGAACGACGUGCAUAAGCUGCAGCGGGAGCUCAACUCGGUGCUGGUGGCGGACAAGCUGCCGGGUGCGCCGGAACCCAAGGCGAUCGUGCUGGACGAGGAUGGGUCGUACGUGCUGCAGCUGUCGCAGAUCUACGAGGAUCCGCGUGCGCCCAAGGUGCAGCGUGUGGCGGGCGAGAUGUACGAGAUCCUGUCGACGACCAAGCUGAAGCAGCUGCAGGAUGCCAUGGCGGCGAGCAAGGAGGAGGUGCUUGCGAACGAGGCGCUGGACGAGGCGAUGCGACAGGAGGAGGCCAAGCUGCUGGAAGCGCGCAUGCCCAAGCCGAGCAUCCUGAGUGGCCGACCUGGCUUCCCGCCCAUGCCGCCGCUGCCGCCCGGGUUUGUGAUGGUGUCGCUGAGCGAGCGGCUGCAGUCGAGGAUCCCGCGCGAGACGACGCUGAGCAUCGGCCACGUGGCGGGACGGCUGUAUCCGUCGCUGGGGAUGCACUCGGACGGACCGCGCGUCAAGGAGCAGAUGGAGCUGCGGCCGAGGGACCGCAAGGAGGCGGCGGACGAGGAUACGCAGCUGGAGCUGCGUGCGCGGCUCAGCCUGGCGGGUCUGCUGAGCGGCUGCGUCAAGGCGAUGCGCGGAAGCGUGCUGACGUACAACCGCACGCUCAGCCUCAAGGGUGCGCUGACCCUGGCGCGGGAAAACGUGCAAAAGUUGCUUUCCGGUGAGCCCGAUGAGUCGGACGACGAGGCGAAUGCGUCCAGGACCUCGUCGCCCGCCAAGACACCCGCCAAGAAGGCCCGCAAGAGUAUCGAGGCUGCUGCUGCCGCGUUGGCGACAGCAGCUCCCGGGGAUGUGGGGGCUGGAAACGACGUUGGCACGGAUGCGACGACCCAAGCAAUGUCUUCUCAGGCCACGCUGGCGGCUCAGUUGGCGGAGAGCAUGGGCGCAGCAUCGCAGGCCGAGUCGGACGAGCCACCUCUGCCGCCCGAUUGGGAGGCGAGGCAGUCGCGCAACCUCGGCAGCACCUACUACGUGCACAAGCCCACGCGAAAGACGCAGUGGGAGAGGCCGACAGCAUAG